UUUUCUUCUUCAUUAGGGAACACGAUCAACUGUUUCCAAAGCUCUCCAUUUCCAAUUUCUCAUCAUUUUCCAUUUGGAUAAGGAAUUUCGUCUGAAUUCAAUCCCCUCUCGCAUCCCUCCCAAUCGCGUUCUCUGUUUUCAGCGCCGCGUUUCACCGCGCCGAAUUCCAUCGGAGAAGAUGGCUGAAGAAUCCAAGAAUGAUCCAGUGGAGCCUGUGACAUCUACUGAUACUGAGAUUAAGAAGACCAAGAAAAAGAAAGGAGUCCUAUCUAGAUUAUGGGGAGCGGUAUUUAGACUAGGUAGUGAUGACUUUGAAAAGAGAUUGCAACAUAUAUCAAAGGAAGAGGCUACUGUUCUUUCCAGAAUUACAAGGCGUUCGCAAAGUUCUCGGAGAACAACUAGGCAAUUUAUUAUACUGUCAAUUGUUUCAGAGGCAAUUGCAGUAGGUUAUGCUAUAAUGACCACAAGAUCGUUAGACUUGAAUUGGCAUAUAAGGGCAUUGAGGGUUUUACCUAUAUUUCUGCUGCCAGUAUUAUUUUUCAUUAUCUACUCAGCAUUUAGAAGCUACACAAAGAUGCGUGAUACCAAGGACCGCAAAACUUUGGAACACCUCCUGGCCGAGAGACAGGAGAAAAUCAAUGAACUGAAAGAAAAAACAAAUUACUACACAACUCAACAGCUAAUACAGAGGUAUGACCCUGAUCCAGCAGCCAAAGCAGCAGCUGCAACUGUACUGGCGUCCAAGUUGGGUGCAGAUUCCGGCCUGAAAGUAUAUCUGGGAGAUGAUCAAAGCCACGUUGCCACUGCCGGAAAGAGCAACGAUGUGGAAGUUGCAGCUACUACUGGACUACGGAAUAGAAGGCAGUCCCACUCGAGAACCUAUAGCACGGAAAGUGGAUUUACUGAACAUCCUGAAGAAGCUAUGCUUAGCCCAUCUGGGGUUGAUGAUGUAGGCAUGUCUCAUCAACACCCAACGGUUGUCGAGCAUCAUCCUCAAUCAGGCCCGAAUGCACACGAUGGAGGUUGGAUUGCUCGAGUUGCUGCAUUGCUUGUUGGAGAGGAUGCUACCCAAUCCUAUGCUCUAAUAUGUGGAAACUGCCAUAUGCACAACGGGCUGGUGAGAAAAGAGGAGUUCCCAUACAUCACUUACUACUGCCCACAUUGCAAUGCCUUGAAUCGGCCAAAGCAGGCCGAUGAUCGUCUCUCAGGUACCAGUUCCCCCUCUCUAACGUCUAAGGCAUCGGUGCUCUCGGAAGCUGCACCAAGUGAAGGAGGUUCAGUGGUGGAUAAGGCAUCGCAGAGCAGUACUCCUCCAGCCGCUCAUGCUGAAGAAAUAUCUGAAAGUUGAGUGUUUCUUGAUUGUUUGUGUGUGUGUGACUGUGUGUUUGUGUGGUAAGAGAAGUAUGAGCUUCACUUUCCUCUUUGAUGCGAAAAGUGUCGGUAAACAUGGCAAUAUAUGUAAUUUUAUAUCUUACUACCUUCUUUCUCCUCUGUUCUGCGCAAUUCUAUAAAUCUACGUUUUGCUCUUCUUGUA